GGGCCCAUAGCCAUGCGUCGUCUCUCGUGGUUUUUCGUGCUGUCUCGUCUCGCGCAACAUGGCGACCGGCAAGGGUCUUGCCGCGAUUCUUCGUCCGAAGACCAUCAAUUUAAUUGGGAGCAGUGAGCUGAACAAAUUUUCGCGCAGCGUUUCGCGGCAAUGUAGCGCGUGCCGGCGACAUGUGGUGACCGUUGCAUCGACUGUCGGCGACUGGAAUCGUGAAAGAGGCAUAGGAAGAAUAGUGCAGCCACAUCGGACCAUAUAUCUAACAAGUAGAUUGUUAAAACGUAACUAUUACGAAAUUCUGGGAGUUUCCAAGAACGCCUCAACAAAAGACAUAAAGAAGUCAUAUUAUCAACUUGCUAAGAAGUAUCAUCCUGAUACAAAUAAAGGAGACCCAGAUGCUAACAGGAAAUUUCAAGAAGUUUCCGAAGCAUAUGAAGUAUUAAGUGACGAUACUAAGAGAAAAGAAUAUGAUACAUGGGGUGCAACGUCGGAACAAAUGGGCAUGGGAAUGGGUCAUGGUUCGGGAGGACCCAAGAGCUACAAUCAACAUUGGCAGUACAGAUCGACUAUUAAUCCCGAGGAAUUAUUUAGAAAAAUAUUCGGCGAUGCUGGAUUCCAAAGCGGAGCCUUCAACGAUUUUGAAGACUUCUCAGAAUCGAAGUACGGUUUUGGAGCAGCUCAAGAGGUGAUAAUGAAUUUAACGUUUUCCCAAGCCGCCAGAGGCGUGAAUAAGGAUAUUAAUGUAAACGUAGUAGACACUUGCCCGAAGUGUGGUGGUUCGCGCUGUGAGCUAGGAACCAAACCGGCAAAAUGUCAAUAUUGCAACGGUACCGGAAUGGAAACGAUAUCCACUGGUCCUUUUGUAAUGAGUUCGACUUGUCGGUACUGUCAGGGUACAAGGAUGCACAUCAAGUUUCCUUGCACAGAAUGCAACGCGAAGGGGCAAACGGUACAACGUAAGAAAAUGACAGUUCCAGUUCCUGCUGGAGUGGAGGACGGCCAAACAAUUCGUAUGGCAAUAGGCAAGAAAGAAAUAUUUGUGACAUUCCGUGUGGAAAAGUCCCGGUACUUCCGCCGUGAUGGGCCCGAUGUGCACACUGAUGCGGAAGUCUCACUGGCGCAGGCGGUGCUAGGUGGUACGAUACGAGUGGAAGGCGUAUACGAGGAUCAAACUAUACAAAUAGCACCGGGUACGUCAUCUCAUACGCGAAUUCGUUUGAAUGGCAAGGGAUUAAAGAGAGUCGAUGGAGUGGGUUACGGCGAUCACUACGUAAAUGUCAAAAUCAGUGUACCGAAAAAAUUGACGGAAAAACAACGAGCGUUAUUACAAGCGUACGCCGAGCUCGAGGCCAACACUCCCGGCAGUAUACAUGGUGUAACAUAUAAAACAGAUGGCGCGGCAGGUCCAAAGAUGCAAACUCAAGCGAGACAAGAGAUUCAAAAUGAUCAAAAUGAUGGUAUACUUGGAAAAAUUAAAAAAGCUAUAUUUGGAUAAAGGCUUGUACAAAAGAGUGCUAUUCAGGUCCAUUGCACUUGGUAGAAUCGAUACGAAUGGCACUAGGAGAUGUGCCUAUUCGCGAAAACCAGUCUUCAUCUUCUGAACCCGAGCACCCGGGAGACAAACCUCUAAAUAAUAGGUCCGUGCACACCAAAGAUACAUCGGAUGCCGAUAGUAAAAAUGAUACUAACACUGGAAUGCAACGACAAAAAGUGCCCCAAAUGUAAUUGCGGGCAUCUAAAGCAAUCUGUAGAGUUCUAGAGAAUGCUGCUUGCGUGUCACUAUGUUACAAAUAAAUAUAUAAAUCGUACACACGCUAGCAUCAUUAUUACAAAUGGGAGUUUGGGCCUGAAAUUAUGUACACUUUUGAUCAAGUUAAAAAAAUAGGCAUGAAAAUAAUAUUGUUAUGAGUGAAUAUAUACAUAAGUGAUGCCAGCCUGAUGUUGCUUAGAUAACGUAUAGCUGUACAGUCGUAUCCUAGCGUACAAGUUUGUCUUUAUUACAUCUUAUUUAAAUAAAGUGUACAUGAAGAUGAAUACAGCUGUUAUCUGUUCAUCUUGAUCGAGAUGAUGUAUAUUUGUAAAAUAAAUUCCGCGCAACACGUA